AGCGCUAAUCAGCGAAUCAGGCCGGGGGUCUGUACACAGCGACGGGUGAGGUAGGGGCGCCCGCCACCGCAGCUUUUGCAAUUGCAGGCCUACUAAUCCAUCCAUCCAUACACCGCUGCCGCGAGCUCGCUCAGGCUCUCAUCUUCUGUACCUAAAAAUAUCUUCUUUCUUAUCCAUGGAGACGGCUGCGCUCACCUCCCACUCGCUGCAGUGUCCAGCUGCUGCUGCUGCUCCCGUGCAUGGCAAGCGGCGGAGGGGAGGAGGAGCGGCGGCCUUGCCGCGCCGGCGGCAGACGUUCGCCGGCAGGAUCCGGGCUCUGCCGUCGGCGGAGGUCAUCAGCGAGAUCCUGCACCCGAAGCUGGUGCCCGGCUCGCCCUCCGACACCGGCGACGUCUCCUCGCUCGUCCCGGUCAGUGCUCUCAUGCUGCUCUUCUACUUCGUGUCCAACUGGGUGGUGCCCGAGCUGCUCAUGAAGCGCCUCAACGAGCCCAAGCCCGAGGAGGACGAAGCUGCUGCUGCUGCUGCAUCCAUGGCGUCGUCCGGCGCAGCGGACGGCGGCGACGACGCCGCCGCCUCGCCCCGUAAAAUCCGGCUCAAGGUCAAGAAGAAGAAGAACGGGAAAGCAACCAUCGUGAAGGUCUAGUUAUUAGGUAAUAUGCAGGAGCACACGCAUGGAGCGUGCGAGGGCGUCGACCUCUAAACACAGAUCGAUCGAGUACGUACGGAGUAAGUGUAUUACCGCCGACGUCAUAGUAAGAUAAGAUACUGUAUUACCAAUCUCCAUCAGAGCAUUGAAGAAGAAUUACUCUAGUAAUAAUUACUGUCAGAUGAUAUGCACGUUAGUGUGCUGUGUGUGUGUGCGCCUGUAUUUGUCUUUUGUGAUCGAAUAAAAUUAAGCUCCAGUGCUUAUUUACACUA